UCUUGGCAUUGAACCUCAUCCGCAUGAAAGCCACUUCUCAACAUGCCAAACCAACAGAAGAAAAUAAUUUUUUGCAUGGCCGGAGUGCUAAGUUUCUUGUGUGCCCUCGGAGUUGUGACAGCUCUGGGGACACCACUGUGGAUUAAAGCCACCUUCCUCUGCAAAACAGGGGCUCUGCUCGUCAAUGCCUCAGGGCAGGAGCUGGACAAGUUCAUGGGUGAGAUGCAGUACGGGCUUUUCCACGGAGAGGGAAUAAGGCAUUGCGGCUUAGGAGCGAGGCCGUUUCGCUUCUCUUUUUUCCCAGAUUUGCUCAAAGCCAUCCCAUUGAGCAUCCACAUCAACGUCAUACUCUUCUCUGUGAUCCUUAUUGUUUUAACCAUGGUGGGGACAGCCUUCUUCAUGUACAAUGCUUUUGGAAAACCCUUUGAAACUCUGCAUGGUCCACUAGGUUUGUAUCUUUUGAGCUUCAUUUCAGGAUCUUGUGGCUGUCUUGUCAUGAUCUUGUUCGCCUCUGAAGUGAAAAUCCACCGUCUCACAGAAAAAAUUGCAAAUUAUAAAGAGGGGACUUAUGCUUACAAAACACAAAGUGAAAAGUACACCACAUCAUUCUGGGUCAUUUUCAUUUGCUUUUUUGUUCAUUUUCUGAAUGGCCUCCUUAUCCGACUUGCUGGAUUUCAAUUCCCUUUUGCAAAAUCGAAAGAUACAGAGACAACCAAUGCAGCUGCAGAUCUGAUGUACUGAAAGGCAAACAAUUCUGUCAUUUUCCAAGUAUGGGAGUGAACUUGCUGUGGUCA